ACGCACACAAUAGACCGAUCAUGUUCAAUGCCUCCUUUUCUAGUACUACAUACUCUAAUUAACAAACCGAAAUCUGUUAUAAUUAAUGUAUCAUUAACUUUCAUUCGCGAUCCUUGAAUUAAACAAUUACGAGGUACAACUCUAACCAACCGUACGUGCACAAUGAACCAAUCCGGUUCAAUACCACCCUAGCUAACCCCCCCCCCCCCCCCCCCCCCCCCCCCCCCCCCUCUAACAUAUCCAUAUCGUGUUCCUCCUAUUGUUGCUAUAUAAAGCAUGCCCCAUCUCCUUUUAUUUCAUAUAAUAUAAUUAGUACCUCCCAAUUCCCAUUACUCAAAGUCAUAGUAUCCUUCUUCCUCUUUUCCUUCCUUAAAUCCUUGUAAUUAGUUUAUACCCAAAUUCGACAUGACAUACUAUCUAAGCUUGGUCGCUUACUAUAUCUACUUCAACUCCGCCAAAGUUGCCUACCUUGCCUCCUUGCUCGCCCUCUCCCUCUUUUACGUCGUCUUGGGAAGCGCCGGCGAUCGCCAUGCACCAGAGCCGCCGCCAAUCCCCGCCGCCGGUUGGCCUUUUAUCGACCAGCAACAGCUCAGAAAUCUGGUCGCCCUUUACUUGCAACUCGACGACGGCUUCGGCCCAUCGUCUCAACUCCACCACCACAACUCCAACCACACGUAUUACGGCCGGCUGCCGUCCGCCGCCGGAGGAGUCGCCGGCUAUUGAUACUUAGUCUUUUUUUGUUGUUGUUUUUGUUGCUGUUGGGUGUUGCUCUCUUCUGCCUCUUCUUCUCCUGUGGUGAGCUUGUGGCUACAAACUUUCAUGUAAAGAGUUGUGGUAGUUGUAGUUCUCUUCCCUUUAGUUGGAACGUUUUUAUGACAUAAAUGUUCUUCCAUCUAUGUGUUCUCUAUAGUUUUACUGAAAACAAUGGAGACUCUAUUAAUCAAAAUGAGGUUUCUAAAAAAACAAACAAAGGCAAAAAUUGUGGUUUCUAUUUAAGAGCUUCCUAAGCCUCCCCGCACAUUUGAUUCUUUAUUAUUGUCGAAAUAAUAAUAUUCAUAUAGCUAAAUUAUCUUCAAAUCAUCAUAUAGUACAGAUAUCUAUGAUUCACGUGUAAGAAACAAAUUGAAAGUAA